UUCGGCUGCUCAGACUUGCUCCGGCCUCGCAGUCAGUCCGCGCCCAGCGACGUGCGGGCAGCCCCGAACCCCAAUCUGCAUUCCGCAGAGACGCCCCCGCCCCAUCCCGGCGUUGCAGUCACCGCCCGCUGCGCGCCACCCCCAUGCCCGCCGGUCGCCCGGGCCCCGCCGCCCAAUCUGCGCGGCGGCAGCCGAGGCCGCUGUCCUCGCUGUGGUCGCCUCUGUUGCUCUGUGUCCUCGGGGUGCCUCGGGGCGGAUCUGGAGCCCACACCGCUGUAAUCAGCCCCCAGGACCCCACUCUUCUCAUCGGCUCCUCCCUGCAAGCGACCUGUUCCAUACACGGAGAUACACCCGGGGCCAGUGCUGAGGGUCUCUACUGGACCCUUAAUGGGCGCCGCCUGCCCUCAGAGCUGUCCCACCUCCUCAACACCUCCACCCUGGCCCUGGCCCUGGCCAACCUCAACGGGUCCAGGCAACAGUCAGGGGACAACCUGGUGUGUCACGCCCAGGACGGCAGCAUUCUGGCUGGCUCCUGCCUCUAUGUUGGCCUACCCCCUGAGAAGCCUUUUAACAUCAGCUGCUGGUCCCGGAACAUGAAGGACCUCACUUGCCGCUGGACCCCGGGCGCACACGGGGAGACGUUCCUACACACCAACUACUCCCUCAAGUACAAGCUGAGGUGGUACGGUCAGGACAAUACCUGUGAGGAAUACCACACUGUGGGCCCUCACUCCUGCCACAUCCCGAAAGACCUGGCCCUCUUCACCCCCUAUGAGAUCUGGGUGGAAGCUACCAAUCGUCUGGGCUCAGCUCGAUCUGAUGUGCUCACACUGGAUGUCCUGGACGUGGUGACCACGGACCCCCCACCGGACGUGCACGUGAGCCGUGUUGGGGGCCUAGAGGACCAGCUAAGCGUCCGCUGGGUCUCACCACCUGCUCUCAAGGACUUCCUCUUCCAAGCCAAGUACCAGAUCCGCUACCGCGUCGAGGACAGCGUGGACUGGAAGGUGGUGGAUGACGUCAGCAACCAGACCUCCUGCCGCCUCGCGGGCCUGAAGCCCGGCACUGUAUACUUUGUCCAAGUGCGUUGUAACCCAUUCGGGAUCUACGGGUCGAAAAAGGCGGGAAUCUGGAGUGAGUGGAGCCACCCCACAGCUGCUUCCACCCCUCGAAGUGACAGGGUCUCAGCCCAGACUGGCCUUGAACUCACUAUGUAGCCAAGGAUGACCUCGAACUCCUGAUCUUCCUGUCCCUGCUUCCAGACAGUGUGCUGGGAUGAUAGGCAACUACCAUCACACUCAGCCAUGUCACACUUCUGGUUCCGGAUUCUGUUUAGCCUGUCACUUGGUGAGAGGUGGGGAACAAAAGUGUGCCCUAAAUUGAAAACAGGUUGUUCUUACCCGAAUAUCCUAGAGUCUCUGGAAAAGUUAACUUUAUAGAAAAUAGAACAUUAUAGCCAGUUAUUGCGUGGUGCCACAAUGACAGACCACCGUGCCUAUGUCUCUCACGUGGGGGGGUCUCUGUUUCUGAACCACCCCCUCCCACCCUUGCUAUAAAGUAGCCUUGGCUGCCAUAAUAUUUGGAAUCUUCUUGCCUCAUCCUCCUGAGUGCUCAGAAACCAGGCAUGAGCCCCCACUUUUGAGUUCCUGCCUGAAGAUGACUUCCCUGCAGACUUUCUGGCCCCUGGACAUGUAUUCCUGUUUAUGAAACAUGUUUACUGAAA